AUGCCUUCGGAUGGUAGAGAAUGUGUCUCGAUUCAUAUUGGCCAAGCGGGUUCCCAAAUUGGAAACGCUUGUUGGGAGCUCUACUGCAUGGAGCAUGGUCUCGAUGAAGCAGGAUUUUUGAAGGAAGAAGAGGAAAAUAAGCAGCAAUCUCUUCAAGCCUUUUUUUCGGAGUCUAUGAAUGGAAAACAUGUUCCACGUGCUAUCUAUGUAGAUUUGGAACCGACGGUUUUGGAUGAGAUUCGAAAUGGUGUAUACUGUAAUUUGUUCCAUCCGGACCAAAUUAUUAAUGGAAAGGAAGAUGCGGCAAAUAACUAUGCUCGUGGGCACUACACUAUUGGAAAGGAGCUCAUUGACGUCGUUUUGGAUAGAAUUCGUAAGCAGACCGAAAACUGUGAAGGACUCCAAGGAUUUCUUGUAUUCCAUUCUUUUGGUGGAGGAACUGGUUCUGGAUUCAGCUCAUUGCUUAUGGAGAGACUCUCUGUGGAAUUCGGAAAGAAAAGUAAACUGGAAUUCAGCGUGUACCCCGCACCACAAGUCUCUACGUCAGUCGUUGAGCCAUACAACUCCAUUUUAACCACUCACACUACAUUAGAGCUGUCCGACUGCUCUUUUAUGGUUGACAAUGAAGCGAUUUACGACCUCUGCCGUCAGAAACUACACGUGGAGAGACCUUCAUACUCCAACCUCAAUCGUCUUAUCGCGCAAGUGGUAUCUUCUAUUACCGCCUCGUUGAGAUUUGAUGGAGCUUUGAAUGUUGAUUUGAAUGAAUUCCAGACUAAUCUGGUCCCUUAUCCGCGUAUUCAUUUCCCACUCGCUACUUAUGCGCCAGUCAUUUCUGCAGAUAGGGCUCACCAUGAGCCCCUAUCAGUUCAAGACAUAACCCAUAUGUGCUUCGAAAAAGCAAAUCAAAUGGUGAAAUGUGACCCGAGCGCUGGAAAGUACAUGGCUGUCUGCUUACUCUAUCGCGGUGAUGUUGUUCCAAAAGAUGUAAACGCUGCUAUAUCGUCAGUCAAAGCUAAACGAGGAAUAAACUUUGUUGAUUGGUGCCCAACUGGUUUCAAAGUCGGAAUCAACUAUCAAGCACCGGUGACAGUGGAAGAAGGAGAUCUUGCAAAAGUCCAUCGUGCCGUUUGCAUGCUCUCAAAUACCACAGCUAUUGCCGAAGCGUGGGCUCGUCUCGACCACAAAUUCGAUCUAAUGUACUCAAAGCGCGCUUUUGUUCACUGGUUUGUAGGAGAAGGAAUGGAGGAAGGAGAAUUUGUGGAGGCUCGUGACGACUUGGCUGCUCUCGAGAAAGACUAUGCGGAGGUUAGCAGAGACACCGCAGACUUGGAGGAGGACAAUGACGAAUUUUGA